AUGAGCACCUUAAAUUCAGUGAUGUCUGCAAAUGCCACGCUUGUUCGGCCUCAGUUUUUUUAUAUUAAUGGGUUUUCUGGCAUUCCCCACGCACAGUACUACUAUGUUUUCUUGUGUUUUGUUUAUGCUGUAACAGUACUAGCAAAUGCCUUCAUUUUGUUCAUCAUAUACAUAGAGCAAAGUCUUCACACACCAAAGUAUAUGGCUGUUUUUAAUUUGGCUGUAGUUGAUAUGUGUGGCAGCACAGCACUUAUUCCUAAGAUGAUAGAAACCUUUGUCUUUGAUUCUCAGUUCAUCACAUAUGAAGCUUGUAUAGCCAAUAUGUUUUUUGUACAUUUCUUUUUUUUCCUAGAGUCACUUACUCUAGUUGUAUUGGCCUAUGACAGAUUUGUUGCUAUUUGCUUUCCCCUGAAAUAUCACAUUGUCAUCACUAAUUCCCAAAUGGCUGUGAUUCUUGCUGUUGUAUGGUUUCUCACAUCAGGUCUAGUGAUUACAUGUGUGGGUUUCAUUACCACACUCUCAUUCUGUAAAACCAUUGUGAUUGACAGCUAUUUUUGUGAUCAUGGACCUAUGUAUCGCAUGGCCUGUAAUAAUAACUUCCCAAGUUACAUAAUGGCAAAAAUUGCUAUCACAGUUUUGCUUUUUGCACCACUUGUUCUAAUUCUGUUAUCUUAUGUUUGCAUUAAUAUUGCAUUAUUAAAGUUGUACAAUGGUUAUAUUAGUCUUCUUUAUCUUAGUGUUACUCCCGCAUCGGCAGGUUCCGCUUGUCGGCACGCACGUCACCAUUUGGCGCGGUCAUAG